AUGCAAAAGGCAAUGAAAAGCGCAGAAUAUAUAAAAGCUAAUAAUGACUGGUUAGAUGCCCAAGCCAACGCUAAAGCAGCCCAACUUAUAGGGUCAAUAAGGACAAAAAUACAAGCGGAUGAAGACAGUUCAAAUGAAGCUUUAAUGAAUGCUGACUUUAAGAACGCCUUCGAAGCUCUUCAUAGUAAGGUGAAACUAGUGAACGACUUCUCAUCUGGAAAGAAACUGAAGUCUGAAGGUUUCGACAACGAGUUAAGAGAAGUAGCACAAAAUAUGACGAAAAUAACAGAUGCAGCAACGAGACAGGCAGUUCAAAGUGCCUAUGACGCCGUUAGAGCAACUGUUGUGGAAAGUCAAGAAAAAGAGUUACAACAGACCAAAACAGACCUAGUAAAUGCUUUCUUAAGAACGAAAAGUCAGGUAGGACAUUAUGCUGCAGAUGGAACAUAUGUGCCAGCUGGUGGAACUUAUAUACCACCAAACCCUCCAAGAGAAGCACCUGCACCAGGACUACCUAAAACAUUUACAUCGUCACAUGGACACAGACACAGGCAUGCACCAAAACCAACACAACAACCAACACAACAACCAACAGUUCAAAACACUGCACCACAACCAAC